AUGGCCUCAUCAGCAGAAGAUAUUGCGUGGCUAAAAUCGACCUUUCAUCCAAUUCCUAGACCUGCUCUGCCAGAUGAUUGUAUCGAAUACUCUCUUUACGUUGUUGACCCUGCGUUAGACCGUGCCAAUGAAUCCGAAGUCAAAAUUCAGCUUCGAAAUAUACAAAAAUAUGCAAACGACUUACAAAAACAGUGGCUGAAGGAUUAUAUCUGGCAGCGACAGUCCUUCAAUCUUGAAAUGCUGAAAGACAACGGUGAGGUCUGUGUACUUAAUCGGAAGGACAAUGAAGAAAGAUCUAAUGCUGCUCUAGGAGUGAACUUUUUGCGAGGACGAACAGAAUAUGGCGACUCGAUUGAGGAUGAAUGGGUUAUUGUCUGGCUUCUGCGAGAACUAACCAAGAAAUUCUCGAAUUCCUGGGUCAAAGUGACCGAUUCUGAUGGCGAGUUCUUGCUCAUUGAGGCUUCUGGUACUUUACCAGCAUGGCUCGAGCCCGAAGUGGCUGAGAAUCGUGUCUGGGUUAAUGCCGGCCAGCUCAAGAUCUUGAAACCAGCAGGAGUGUUGAGGUCUUCCAAGCGGACAGAUGAGCGGCUUUCAUUCGAAGGCGCGCACCAGAUUAUUCUGUCGGAGCCGAAGCGCGUCAUGCACUCUGUCUCGAUGGGGGAGGAGGCUUUCUACCGACUGCGUAAUUAUCCUGCUCAGAUCAAGGAGAACAUGCACCAUGCGAUUCUUACCUUACCACGCAAAGUGGCGUAUCUGCUCCUGCAAAAAGCCGCAUAUGUUGCACCAGCUGUUGAAGCCUUCUAUCUUCGAGAUCCCAUAUCGCUAAAGCCGCUGCGAGCUGAAGAUGCGGCUGAUAAGAUGAUCUUCUCACCACAGGACAUGGUUGAUUUCAGCAUUACAAUUCCUCGAGUGGCGUAUGCGCAGCUCAGAUCUCAGGACUCUCCUAUACUCGAUAUCUGGAAAUCCAAGAUGCCUCCACCUAGUGAAGCUGUUGCCAGGGUCCAGACAGAAACAGGGAUGAAGCUUGCUAUUGGCUUCGAGAUACUUUUAUCAGACAAGCAGUAUCAAGACAGGACUCAAGUUCGCGAAAUGAAACUCCUGCUAGAAGAUAUUGAAUCUGGAGAUGCUGCCGUACCUACCGAUGAAGAAUUAGGCAAACUCGAGAAGCGUUCCGAUAGUGAGCAAUGGCUCGACAUCAACUUCGAAGAUCUUCAACGAGAAUUAAAUCCUGGCAAGUCAAAUGAUCCGGGUCAAUCAGGCAGAGCCAAGAAGGCCACCUUCGGAGACCACACUGCUCAGGAAAACUUACAGCGAAUCGUCAAGCAGUUCGAGUCCUUCUUGAACGAAGACGAUGAUCACAAAGGCUCAGGCUUCCUCGACGAGGAUGAGGACGAGAACGACACAGAUGAUCUGGACGACAUCGACAGUGAUGAUCUAGAAGAAGACAAAGAUGCCAGUUUCGACGACGACGACCUCACCAAUCUUAUGCAGGAAAUGAUGGGGAUGCCAGCAGACGCAAUGAGAGAGAUAAUGCACGGUGACAUUGAUGCGUUGAAGAACGGUGCCCAGCCACAAGCACCUCUAGUCCCUAGCACAGCAGUUGCGGCAGAUACCGAAGACACAGAUUCGAACUCUGAUGAAGAGCAACCAGGACAAGAAAGAGAUCUUGAAGAACUAGUUCGACGUAUGGAUGCAGAGCUGAAGGCAUCUGGGGCUCUGAAUCUCGACGAGGCGGAAGCUAGCAGCUCAAGAGCUGUUACAGGUCAUAACAUCAAUACUGAGGAAGACGAUUCUUCUGAUGAUGACGACGACGACGAAAGUCCUCUCGACCCUGAGAAAGAGCGGAUAGCCAAGCAGCUUCUGGAAAGCCUGCAGGCACAAGGUGGUGCUUCUGGUCCGGCGGCUAACCUUAUGGCUCUGAUGGCUGAGCAAUAUGCUGAAGCAGACAGGAGGAAAGCUGAGAUAAAAGGGAAGAGCAAGUUUUAG